ACGCAAUCCAAUGGCUAUCCUAGAUAAUGAUGUACUCUUAGACAUUUUGCAAGAUCCAGAAGAUAUCCCGGAGAAAGUCUGCUCCCCUCGUGAAGGGAAUUGGGAGACGGAUUUGACUGAAGCUCUUGUAGAGAUCAGUGAGAAGAUCCUUGAUGAUGAUCAGAAGUCAAUAGAGCUGCUGAUAGGGACAGGAUGGGAAGAAGUGGUUUGUGGAUGGGGUCCAGUUUCUGCUAUGGCCUGCAGGCACCCUGUAAAGAAACCGAAAAAACUAAAUCGGGUAGAGAACGCAGACUGUGUCCUGUGCCUAGACUUGUGCUCUGUACCGGACAAUAAAGACGGUACGUCAUCCGAAACAAAAGCCACAAUACACACUAACCAUAAAGAGAUGCCUGAAGCUGAACAGAGACUGGCCAGUACCAUCCCUGUAGGUGAGGAUCUGCCCUAUGGGUUUACAGAUCACUGCCCUUCUACUGCUAUGGUUUCCACAACAGAAACACAUUGUGAUACAGUAAACCUAGUAUCCCCUGGAGAACAAAGACAGAACAAGGACAAGAGUGCACAAAGAAUCUCAUCUCCGUUUACAAGCAAAGUCAUUCCAAUUUGUACAAACUGUUAUAAUGCAAAUGAAUUCCCGAUCUCCAGCUCCCCUAUGUUACUGCCACCUCUCAAAGUGGCUGCUGGAAUCGGGCACUCCGAACACAUGGCAAGAAGAAGGGAUUUUCUCAUGCAGCAGCUUGAAAAGCUUCCUUCAAAGGGGUUUGUAGAGGGCAGUCUGAACGGUCACCUCCUCACUAAUACAGACCUGAGGGCAGAGAGGAGACUCCUUGAAGCAUUAAGUCAGCUUCCUCAAGAGCAGCUAAAAGUGCCAGAACAAUUGUCCUUCAUCACGCCUUGUGUUCCAAAAACACCCAUCAAGGAGUUUGACCGCUUCCAAUGGUCCAGUGCCCCUAUAGAGCAGAAGCUGAAUGGAACCAAUGGUCAUCUGUCCAUAAAGCAGAACAUUAACCCAUCUCCUAUGGGCUUCCUCCACACCAGAACAAUCCAGAACAAGUGCAAUAUGCACCAGGGAGUAAGACCUCUCAAUGACGCUAGGUAUAGAAGAGCAAAAUCGGACACCACCUCAGUGCUCAGAAAUACUAGAUUACCUUCUCUGAUCGUCACACGGGUGGACAUACCACCAAGGAUCAAAAUGUGCUGAUCCGUUGACUUAUUUUCCCUUUUCAGCGAUAAAUGCAAUUGGGUGCAU